CUUCCUGCCUUGUGACCACACACCAGGGUUUGACAACGCUCUUCAGCAGAUCAGAAAGACCUGGGUUUCUGAUCACACACCAGCUCCACCACAGACAAGUUUUCUACAAGGUCUGUUCCUAAAGCAGGGAGAAUGGCCAGAGGAUCUGUGUCUGAGGAGGAAAUGCUGGAGCUCAGAGAGGCCUUUGCCAAAGUCGAUACUGAUGGCAAUGGGUACAUCAGCUGCAACGAGUUAAAUGACCUGUUCAAGGCUGCCUGCUUGCCUCUGCCUGGGUACAGGGUAAGAGAAAUUGCAGAAAAUCUGAUGGCCACAGGUGACCUGGACCAAGAUGGGAAGAUCAGCUUUGAUGAGUUUAUCAAGGUUUUCCAUGGCCUAAAAAGCACUGAAGUUGCCAAAACCUUUAGAAAAGCAAUCAAUAAAAAGGAGGGCAUCUGUGCGAUUGGUGGCACCUCCGAGCAGUCCAGCGCGGGCACCCAGCACUCCUACUCAGAGGAAGAGAAGUAUGCCUUUGUCAACUGGAUAAACAAAGCUCUGGAAAAUGACCCCGAUUGUCGGCAUGUCAUCCCAAUGAACCCAAACACGGAUGACCUCUUUAAUGCUGUAGGCGAUGGCAUUGUCCUUUGUAAAAUGAUCAACCUGUCAGUGCCAGACACAAUUGAUGAAAGAACCAUCAACAAAAAGAAACUCACCCCUUUCACCAUCCAGGAAAACUUGAACUUGGCUCUGAACUCUGCCUCGGCCAUUGGAUGCCAUGUGGUAAAUAUAGGGGCUGAGGACUUGAAGGAGGGGAAGCCUUAUUUGGUCUUGGGACUUUUGUGGCAAGUCAUCAAGAUUGGGUUGUUUGCUGACAUUGAACUCAGCAGAAAUGAAGCUCUAAUUGCUCUUUUGAGAGAGGGAGAGAGCCUAGAGGAUUUGAUGAAGCUAUCUCCUGAAGAGCUCCUGCUGAGGUGGGCUAAUUAUCAUCUGGAAAAUGCAGGCUGUAAUAAAAUCAGCAACUUCAGCACUGACAUCAAGGAUUCAAAAGCUUAUUAUCACCUGCUUGAGCAGGUGGCUCCAAAAGGAGAUGAAGAAGGGAUCCCUGCUGUAGUUAUUGACAUGUCAGGACUACGGGAAAAGGACGACACCCAGAGGGCGGAGUGCAUGCUGCAGCAGGCAGAGAGGCUGGGUUGCAGGCAGUUCGUCACUGCCACAGAUGUUGUCCGAGGGAACCCCAAGUUGAACCUGGCUUUCAUUGCCAACCUCUUUAAUAGAUACCCAGCCCUGCAUAAACCAGAGAACCAGGACAUCGACUGGGGGGCUCUUGAAGGUGAGACAAGGGAGGAGCGGACAUUCAGGAACUGGAUGAACUCACUGGGCGUUAAUCCUCGAGUCAAUCAUUUGUACAGUGACUUAUCGGAUGCCCUGGUCAUCUUCCAGCUCUAUGAAAAGAUUAAAGUCCCUGUUGACUGGAGCAGAGUAAACAAACCUCCAUACCCCAAACUGGGAGGCAACAUGAAGAAGCUUGAAAACUGUAAUUACGCAGUGGAGCUGGGGAAGAAUCAAGCUAAAUUUUCUCUUGUUGGCAUUGGGGGGCAAGAUCUCAAUGAAGGAAACCGUACGCUUACCCUGGCCCUGACAUGGCAGCUGAUGAGAAGGUAUACACUGAAUAUUCUUGAAGAAAUUGGUGGUGGACAGAAGGUCAAUGAUGACAUUAUUGUCAGCUGGGUGAAUGAAACAUUGAAGGAGGCUGGGAAAAGCUCAUGCAUCUCUAGUUUCAAGGACCCGAAGAUUAGUACAAGUCUUCCAGUUCUGGAUCUCAUUGAUGCCAUCCAACCAGGUUCCAUUAACUACGACCUUCUGAAGACAGAAAGCCUGGAUGAUGAAGAGAAACUCAACAAUGCAAAGUAUGCCAUCUCCAUGGCCCGAAAAAUUGGAGCAAGAGUUUAUGCCCUUCCAGAAGACCUGGUUGAAGUGAACCCCAAAAUGGUCAUGACCGUGUUUGCCUGCCUCAUGGGAAAAGGGAUGAAGAGGGUGUAAGGCCAGUGGAGCAAGUCAAAAGGUGACAUACUUAUCCUCAGGGCCCAGCACAGCCCAGGAUACCCAAGUUACCAUCUGCCCAUUCCAAAGCUCCCACUCCUGACAUUACUUAUGACUCAAAAUGUGCACAUUUGUUCAGCCAAGUAGCUUCUCCUGUUCUUCACAGAACUCACUUGUUUUUUAGAAGAUCCAGUCUCCUAGUUUUUAAAUUCAUUUUUGUUUCCUUGAAAUUCUAUAGAAAAGUUUUUAAAAAAAAUAAAAAGAAAUUAUUUUCCAGGUGCACUAACUGCUUUUGUUGUUAGUCAAGGAUAUAAUCUUCAGUGUUAAUUUUAAUAAUCUUUCCAUCUGAUUUAAUCUGGCUGCCUUUUUCCUUGAUCAGAAUGAGGACCAGCGGGGAGUAGAAACCUGGUCUCAAAGCCUGUUGGUAUAAGCCAGCACUGGGUCAUUACAAGGCUCUCUCUGUCCUCCUCUCCACAUUUUCUCCCUGUGACUUUGCUCAGCAUUCCCUCAGAACCAUGCCUGUUCUGCCAUCCUCUUCUUGCCAUCUUUGUCUCCAGUCCGGUUGGAGUAUCUAUCUGAUGAACCAGUCAGGUUGUGGCCAUCCCAAGAGUCCUUGCCAGCCUGGAAAACUGAGGUCCAUUGUGUCGUCUGGGUUUCUUUUUUGGGGGGGGGGAUGGUAGUCUGUUUUUAACUUAGGAUUUGGAUUCACAAUUAACAUCUUGAAUAGUGUGGCUUCAGGUAAAUUUUUAAGUCUUUGUCAUAAGGUUGGAUACAAGAAGGUGUGAUGGAGAAGAAAGCCAUGAGGAGGCAGCAAGGGGCAAUCCAGGGUGCUGCCUGUCCUUGUGUUUAUUCCUUUUUCUUACACAUAGAGCCACUGUGGAAAAGGCCUGGUGACAGUUGGAAGAAAUCUUGCUCAGCUUCACUUGCUCUUAGAUAUUACUAUAAUUGAUUGCUGCAGCCGUGUGUUCACUCUUUUGGUACUACAAAUGUUUUGCCACCCCUUCCCCCAACUAGGGGCAGCAACAUGUGCCAAUGAGCAGUAUCCCCGCUGCAUUCCUCCUGCACACACAGGCAGGUACACGUACAUAGCCAGAUGACGAGGGUAGAAUGCUGCCUACAAUAGGAGCGGAUUUCCUGGAUAUUUAAAAAAAUUCAAAAGAACAGUAUGAACUUUAGUAGCUGAAAUAGAUCAAGCAAUUUCCAUGGAAAUGACCAAAGGUUAAGAAGCAACAGGUCACAGUGAAGCAACAUAGAAAGAGCCCGUCAGUGAGGUUUUGUCUUCAGGAACUUUGCCGCUCUCCAAAGUAAUUGAAAUACAGGGCUUGACUCAUCUCUUGGCUCAGGAAGCCAGCAAACAACUUCUCAUUUACAAGCCACUUUCUGCUACAUCUGGAUGCUUGCGAAGUGGUGACUUUGACUUUAGUCUGCACUCCGUGUAGUCUCAGAUGAUUUUCCCCAUCUGCCUGCAGGAAGAAAGACUGUUACUCCCUUCAUGGCAAAUGAAGAUGAUAACUUUAAAGAUCUUUCCAAA